AUGAAGCUGUAUCUCCUGUUCUUCUUCUUCCUCACCCUCCACGCGCUGAGUGUGCCACGGUCCGCGGCGGACAAACCGCCGUUCUUUCUCCUGGCCGGCGACAGCACCACCGCGGUGCAAACGACGAACGGAGGGGGUUGGGGCAAUGGAUUCAUCCAGACGACUUUGGCCAAGGGCGCCAAAGGCCAGAACUACGGCCGCAACGGAGCCACAACCGUCAGCUUCCGCACGCGAGGGGACUGGGACACCCUCAUCAAGAAGCUUGAGGAGGUGAAAGCCAAUUAUCAGCCCUACGUGACCCUCCAAUUCGGUCACAACGAUCAGAAGCCGAAAGCCAACAUCACCAUCGCAGAGUACACGACCAACCUGGAGACUUUCGUCGGAGAGGUGCGGAAUGCGGGGGGCGUGCCCAUCCUAGUGACUCCACUUGCUCGGCGCCAGUAUGAUAAUUCCACCGGGGUGCCCACAAUUAUCCGGAGUCUGGAAAAUGAGCGGGUCGCGACGAUUAAGGCCGCGAAGAAGACGGGAGCGUCGUAUAUUGACUUGAACCGAGCCAGCACGCUGUACCUGAAUAGUAUUGGGCCGGUCAGUGCGCACAUGUAUGAUUUGAAAGCGGGUGACUCGACGCACUUGAACGCGGCUGGGAGUCAGGUCUUCGGGGGAAUGGUCGCCGGCUUGAUCAUCCAGGAUUUCCCCCAAUUGGGUGACGCGGGGUUUGUCCAUGUGGAUCCGAAAUUGCAGACGGCGCUGGACAAGGGCCAAUACUAUUGGCCACAAUGA